UCAUCCCCAUCCCUCUCUAGCUUUGGCAACAACGCAGGCGACUGCGAGAUCCAGAAUCAUGGCGGGGGGUGGGAGAGAUGGAUGUUGCCGGGACGACAAGGGAACCGGAGGUUCGGGCGGUAGUGAGCACCGUCGGCCACGGCGCCGAGCUACACGACCCCCCUGUAGUUGCAGCGGCGGACGAGAGCUACAUGUCAGACGAAGAAGUAAUGGAGUCUGAUACUGCAUUCAGCCAACGUUUCACAGCAAAACACUUGCGCGAAGUUGCGAAGAUAAAACUUAAUCCUAGCAAGAGGCGCUACAUAAAUGAAACUGCCUUCGGUGAUCUCACGAGCAUCUCGCCUUUCACAGUGCCACAUGAUCUGAUGGAAUGGUUAACAAUGAACAUUGACACUGACAGCCGUGAGCUCAGGCUGAGUCGGACUAAGGUCAUUGUGUUUACUCGAGACAUGGUGAAGAAGGUUUUCAAUAUCCCAUCAGGCAACAGACCAGUUGAGCUUUUCAAGAGACAUGAGCAUUGUGAGCUCCACAACAUUUAUCACAAGAAUGGCAGGGCUUCAAUUGCGCAUACAGUGGAUGUGCUUCAUCGAGCUAGGAAUGAUGAUGGCGAUACUACGAAGAGGUCAUGGGUGCUCUUAGCGCUUGCAACAGUUUUAAAUCCAAGCACUGGCAACAUGGUGCCACUAGAGUACUUGGAAAGCCUUGAAGAAAUGGACAAGGUUACUGAAUUUGCUUGGGAUGAACAUGUUUUAAGUGUUGCAAUGAGAGAGGUCAAGAAGUGCCAGGACAAGAUAAAAUCACAGGCUACUUCUUCAUUCUGGGUUGGGGGCUGCUUCCCUAUGCUCGCGUUUCGCCCUCUGUCAAAGAUACCAUACGCAGCAUUGCCUGCCCAAGGCCCGGUAGGCAACAACAGUGAAGUUGCUCAAGAUCAGCAGGUUUCGGACAGCCCGGAUUGUGAUGAUACUCAAGAUUGUGGAGCUGGAAAUAUAAACAUUAAUGAUAACCAAGAUGACGUGGCUGCGAAAGAGAACCCUACGGAAGGUAGCAACCCAACGGAUAAUGGCAAAAGCACCGACGAAGAUGUGUGUGGUUCGCUGGAUGAUUGCCUUCAAAACCCGGCACCAUUUGGGGCAGUGCUUGAGCUCCCAUCACAUAUGGCUGCAAUCUACGACAAGCACACAAAACUAUAUGAUGCAAAGUUAAAAGGGGCUCCAAGUUCUUACAGGCAAGUGUUGCAAGCAAUACAUUGCAAGCGAAUGGAGCAGCUUCUCAAAGAUGUUCAUGUUGCUUCGUCAAGUUCUCAAGAAGCAGUGGAUGUUACCUUUGAUGUAUCGCCUCCUCACAGCAAUGUUGUAGACAAGUCAGAUGGUCAUGGUUGUAGCAAGGAAAGUUCUAGGGAGAAGGUCGUAGAUGAGCCAACAACUGACAAGGUGUUUGAGCCAGCUGAAGGAGCUCGAAGCAACUGUGCAAGUAGCAUUGUUCAUGAGCCUAAUGGAGGCGAUGUGGUUGAGCUGGGCAUAGGAACUAGUGCUGUUGUCAGUGAGAACCUUGCACGAUGUUUUGAGACUGCAAAGGAGAAAGUGUCCAGUGGUGAAGAUACUGAGCAUGGUCACCAACUCAGCCAGCGCAAUCACUCUGUGCCGACUAGUGUGGCUGGACAUUGGAGUGAUGUUCCAUCAAUGAGUGUGUUCCAAGAGGGCACUGAGGAAUAUGAGUGGUGGAUCAGUGUCCCAAAUGUAGAUGCGAACUCGAAUGCUCCAACCCAUGGCAACACUGUUACAACACCAAAGUCUUGUGAUGUUUUUUAUGUCACUCCUCAGGCUCCAAUCUCAACAGAAGCAGAAGUUCCAGUGUAUGAUGUCACACCAACCUCUGUGGCUCCAUUAUCAAGCGGGACUGCCGAUGGACCAUCAAAACCACAAGAAGAGCCAGUUGUUCUAGUUAGCAGCAGGGAACCAAGUCCCGACCUCAACGAGGAGAAGUUGAAGAGCAAGGACGAGAAGAAGCUCAAGAGCAAGAAAAGAGUAGGGAGUCCAAUGUCGGCUGGAUCAAAGUACAAGAAAAUCAAGACAGAUUCGAAGACGGAAGCAAUGUACCAGUACUAUGUCAUGAAGAGGUACAAGAUGAAGAAGAUGAAGAGAGGGGAAAUUGAGCCUCCUUUCAUUAGGAAUGGUGAUUUCCACAUUACCUACACGAACUUUCAGAAGUCGUUGAAGCCACGCGCUCAGAUAUGCAACGAAGUCAUGUCUUUAUUCGUCGAAACCUUCAACAUUGAACAGUUGUCGUCUUCACAUAAGCAGAAGAAAUUUGCUUUCUCUGUUUUAAUGAUCCUUCAACUCUCUGUCCACCCAGAAGUUUUUGAUCCAAGUGUUUGUGCAAGAGAGCUGAGGAGGGCGUGCCAAAAUUUUCAGAUUUCAGUUUUUGACCUACUUUUCUUCACCAUCCUUCGCGAUGGCCAUUGGAUUGUUUGCGUCGUUAACCUCUUGCACAAGGAAUUCAACAUGUUUGACUCAUUGGAUAACGGAAAAUUUGAUGUUGCUGCAAGGAAUCUGUUUACCAAUUUCAAGAGGAUCGCUACGGAAGAGCCAGAUUUCAAAGUGGAUUUAUCUUCUUUCAAACCAAACUGGCCCCUGCUUGACUACCCACAGCAGGCAACUCACUUUGAUUGUGGAUUGUUUUCAACACUGUACUUGGAAAAUUUCGACGGCAAGAGGAUGAAAGAUUUUAAGAAGCAAAAUAUGCUUGAUGUGCGGAAGACCAUUGCUUCGAAGCUGUUUUUCCAUCCGUUGAACAAGGUCUGCCCCGCUGAUGUGCACAAGGCGAUCAUAGUGGCUUGAAGAAAGUGAUCAUCAAGCAUUGAAGAAGGCGAUUGCAGCGGUUUUGAAGAUGCAACUUUGUAGUUUUUGGAAAUACAUUGUUGCCAGUAGUGUGCUAUGUUCUUUUUUGUGUCAAAUGAACUCCAUGUAAAGCAAAUCAGUUAUGAGCCUCUGCUUGGCUGGAAUGGUUCUCAGUAGUUUGUAGUAAGGAAACAUAAUUAUAUGUUUCGGUGAUUUUUUUGGAAGCUAUAACCGUGCGGUGGUUUGUUGGAAGCAAAUUAUAACAGUUUUGCUGCUUGGUACUCAACCUUUUCAAGUUUUAUGGAAUGCUUCUCAGUUUUUGUUACAAA